CGGGCCUCAUUUUACUCAAGGUCCGUUCCUGGCUAAGGGAAGAGGAAAUCCUCGUGCUCUGUGGGAUGAGAGUUCAACUGUGGGGCAUUAGCUGAUCCUUCAUCAUCUCCCCCUCGUCCUCCUCCUGCUCCCCCUAUCAUCAACGACACACUAUGUGGAUGUUAUCUUUAGUCAUAUGGAUUCUCAAUGUCACCAAUCUCACUCAUGGAUAUGACUAUGAUGAGUAUUACCCAGGCGAGGAGGAAACAGAGGUGAGUAACUAAUAACCGGUUGCUGCUCUUGGAUUAUGUGUCAUAUAGUACGUUAACGGUACAGAUAAGAAUUCACCAGAUUACGCUUUUCUGCAUGGUGAACCUUUAUUAUGCACAGAACUCUGAUUUCAGUACAGAAAUAGGCCUGUGAAAGUAUUAGACUAGUGUUGUUGACUACAUCAGUUUGUUGACAAUCAAUUUGUUGACAAUCAGUUUGUUGACAAUCAGUUUGUUGACUAAAGUGAUCUCUAUCAUUCAAUAAACAGACAAGACAGGCAGUUUCCCACACUCCUUACUCAGGGCUUAGUUGUUGGUUUCACUAUAGUGGGUGUGUCUUUAUUUGACAAUAAAACCUCCUCCUCUGUGGCUACAUUGUGCGUCAUUGAAGGUGAAUGAAUGAAUAAAUCAUGCUGUGCAUGUCUAUUUUCCCUGUUGAGGGUGGUAGGCCAUACCUUUAGACAGACAUGUCUGCCUUUGAAAAGGUUGAAUGGAGAGAGGGACUGAGGGAUUGUCCAAUUAGACAAUAGAGUCCAGUGAGGAUUUGUUUGAAACACAAGCAAAGUGACUUUUUAUGGUUACAAUUGACUCAAGAGCCAUUCAGAGUUGUGGCUACGUUGUUUAAAUUGUGAGGUAAACUGACAAUAGGUUGGGUGUGAUGACAAACAUUCACUCUGAAGAAUAUGCCAGAUCAUGUGGGAUGGAUGCACUGCUUAUCUAUUGGUCAGUCAUGACCUCAUGUUGCCAAGGGGAUGGCCUCGUGUUAGGUGAUAUGAGCGAUAGCUUAAGGUCAGCCACAAGGGAUGACAUUUGCACGUUCCAAGUCCAGUGGAUCCGACAUCACACAAACGGGUUACAUAAAAGUCCACAUCCCACUAAACAACAUAAGAAGCAGCUAUAUAUAUAUAUAUAUAUAUAUAUAUAUAUAUAUAUAUAUAUAUAUAUAUAUAUAUAUAUAUAUAUGUUGUUUAGUGGGAUGUGGACUUUUAUAUAUAGUCCGAUAGUGAACUCAAGGCUUUCAUCGGAAUACGCAGAACUUUGAUUGUAACAGACAUAAUAACCUUGUUCCUAUUCUCAAAGAAAGAACUUGGCUAAUCUCAAUGGAAAAAAGAUGAUCUUGCAUUGCUUAGUUUUCCCAUACUGGCUCAGUUUCCCUGAUAAAGUACCAGUCUAGCUUUACCAAAACUCGGAGAGAUACAACAACAACACUGUAAAGACACUAAAAAAACUCUGUUGAGAUACUCAAUACACUCUGUUGAGAUACUCAAUACACUCUGUUGAGAUACUCAAUACACUCUGUUGAGAUACUCAAUACACUCUGUUGAGAUACUCAAUAACCUCUGUUGAGAUACUCAACACACUCUGUUGAGAUACUCAAUACACUCUGUUGAGAUACUCAAUACACUCUGUUGAGAUACUCAAUACACUCUGUUGAGAUACUCAAUAACCUCUGUUGAGAUACUCAACACACUCUGUUGAGAUACUCAAUACACUCUGUUGAGACACUCAAUACACCCUGUUGAGACGUUCAAUACACCCUGUUGAGACAUUCAAUACACCCUGUUGAGAAGCUCAAUACACCCUGUUGAGACGUUCAAUACACCCUGUUGAGACGUUCAAUACACCCUGUUGAGACGUUCAAUACACCCUGUUGAGACGCUCAAUACACUCUGUUGAGACGCUCAAUACACCCUGUUGAGACGCUCAAUAAACUCUGUUGAGACGCUCAAUACACCCUGUUGAGACACUCAAUAAACUCUGUUGAGACGCUCAAUACACCCUGUUGAGACGCUCAAUAAACUCUGUUGAGACGCUCAAUACACUCUGUUGAGACGCUCAAUAAACUCUGUUGAGACGCUCAAUAAACUCUGUUGAGGAACUCUGUUGAGACGCUCAAUAAACUCUGUUGAGACGCUCAAUAAACUCUGUUGAGACGCUCAAUACACUCUGUUGAGACGCUCAAUAAACUCUGUUGAGACGCUCAAUAAACUCUGUUGAGACGCUCAAUAAACUCUGUUGAGACGCUCAAUAAACUCUGUUGAGAUACUCAAUCAUCUCUGUUGAGACGCUCAAUACACUCUGUUGAGACUCUCAAUAAACUCUGUUGAGACGCUCAAUAAACUCUGUUGAGGAACUCUGUUGAGACGCUCAAUAAAACUCUGUUGAGACGCUCAAUAAACUCUGUUGAGACGCUCAAUAAACUCUGUUGAGAUACUCAAUCAUCUCUGUUGAGACGCUCAAUACACUCUGUUGAGACGCUCAAUAAACUCUGUUGAGACGCUCAAUAAACUCUGUUGAGGAACUCUGUUGAGACGCUCAAUAAACUCUGUUGAGACGCUCAAUACACUCUGUUGAGACGCUCAAUAAACUCUGUUGAGACGCUCAAUAAACUCUGUUGAGACGCUCAAUACACUCUGUUGAGACGCUCAAUAAACUCUGUUGAGACACUCAAUAAACUCUGUUGAGACGCUCAAUAAACUCUGUUGAGAUACUCAAUAAACUCUGUUGAGAUACUCAUCUGUCAUCUUUAGAUAAAAUAUUGUAGUGCAUGAUCAACUGAAUUAUUUGUAAUUGAAUUCUGUUAGAUCAAAUACAUUAAUUUGUUGUUCUCAUAGUUCAUUUUGUUCCUCGACAGGCCCCACUGGUUGUGGAGGGCCUCAGUGGUUUAGACACAGUGUCCAAUGUGGACGAGCUGGUGGAGCUGCUGUACCCAGAGUACAGUCUGGUGCAGCACUGCCUACGCAGGAAAGCCCACCGCACCUCCCCUCCUCUCCAUGCUGAAGACGAUGUCUGGGCCUGGGGCAAGACAAGGGAGAAGGCACUGUACAAGUCUGAUGGCACCAUUGACGGUAAGGCUCUUCAGUUGAUUGGCCCUCAUAACAGCCUACACCAAUAGAGAGAGAAAGUUGUCUUCCCAUCCCACAGGGGGCAAAUGUUAGCGUGAUAACCCCAUUUCUCUUUCCCCAAACCCACAGAUGGGAGCAGUACAGCUGUGUGUCUUUGUUAAAAGGAGAGAGAAAGGCCUUUGUUUAUUUUCCUAACAGUUAAAGAGGCCCCUCACUCCCCCCCUCCCCACUCAUUAGAGAAUGUGUGUUCUCUUGCUGUGUGCUCCAGUUUAACGCAGAGAUUCAGGGUGUCAGCACAGAAUAGCUGUGUCUGCUUCCUGAUCACAGGAGCUCAUCCCAGAAGAUGUAGGUAUUCCUGGAGAGCUGAGUGGACCACUACAACAUAAAGGACAAUGAUUUAAGGUGGCCUGACCUCAGUUCCCUCCUGAUGCUAAGUGGUAGAAACGGCACAUUACACAACUGUUGAUCUUGCUCCAUUGUCUUUCAUUGGCCAUACCCAACCUCCAUGAAAUGAUGCCAGAAACAAUUCAAAGAAAUCAGAUCCAGUGACUAAAGCUCUUCUAAAGAAACCAAUCCGACCCAGUAACUAAAGCUCUUCUAAAGAAACCAAUCAGACCCGGUGAUUAAAGCUCUUCUAAAGAAACCACUCAUGCCGGACAAUCGACCACGACCAAAUGCCAGUCAGAAGGAGGCCAUAUUGAAUUCGAAGACAUUUCACAAUGAUACUUUACAAGAGACAUCCCAAGAUGAAAUAGCAGGUACAGUAACAGUAACACACCUAUUGAGUCCUUUUCCCCAGACAAUAUAAUGGACGUUUAUUGGACAGACGCUAUAAAGUUUAAAAGGUCGUAUCAUUGAUGGUUAGCUUUUCUCAUUAUCCUCUCUUUGAGUACCUGGUGGCGGACUUGAGGUAACACACCUAUUGUGUCCAAGAUGGCGUAGCAGUGCGGUCGUGUGUUCUGUUGUGUCCUUGUGUAAAUAGCCUGUUUUUCAGUUUUUUUGUCUUUUUUUCGUAUAUAUUUCUCUAUCUCACUUUCCAUCCUUUAACUAAAUAUACUUUCCUGCAACCCGCCUCACCCAAUGUGGAACGGAUUCUAUUAUUUCUUUAUACCUUUUAUCAAGAACCUCCGGCUGAAACUAGCCAGCCAUCUACUUGCUAUUAGCCACCGUUAGCGGUCUUCACCACUGUCCGUAGCCUGCACUACCUACCAGCCAGCUCUAGCCUGGACAAUUAUCGGUCUGCACAGAGUGCUAUCGACCCAGAGCAUAUAGGAUUUUCUGCCGGAAUCACUGAAUCACUGGACCUUAACACUGGAUCAUCGCAACUAGCUAGCUGCAACCGAAUGGCUGUUGUUGGCUAAUCACCACUGUCCCGAAGCACCAGCUAGCUGCAACCAAAUAGCUGUUGUUGGAUAAUCACCACUGUCCCGAUGCACCAGUUAGCCUUGAGCUAGCCUUGAGCCAGGCCCAUCUCCCGGCUAUCUACCUCUCUGUCAACCGGACGGGACCUCCUAGUGUCGACACGGAGCCCCGCCGAUCCAUCACGACUGGUCUGCCGACAUAAUCAUCUGAUGUGGUUUCAACAGACUUCCCGUUGCGACGACCACGAAGAUCCAUCUGCUAGCCCCGGCCCGCUAGCACAGGCAAACAACAGCCGUGCCUCCUGCUUGCCUGUGCUGUAGCAGCCUAUGAACUGCUCCCAGACUCACCUAUUGCUGUUCACUGGACCUUAUGAUUACUCAGCUACACAGCUGAUGCCUGCUGGACUGUUCCUUUACACGGUACCCUGUCCUGUUUAUCUGUUUAUCCUCAGCCCAAACUUUCGUCGCCAUUACUAGUUGUUGUCUUAGCUCUCUCGAAUAACACCUGUGAUUGCGUUAUGUCUCUCUCCCAUGUCAAUAUGCCUUGCCUAUUGCUGUUUGGGUUAGUUCUUAUUGUAUUAUUUCACUGUAGAGCCCCCAGUCCCACUCAACCUGCCUCAGAUAGCUCCUUUGUCCCACCCCCCAUACACUCGGAGACCGGCUCAAUCGGUACCUCCAGUGAUGCUAUCUCUUUCAUCGUUACCCAAUGCUUAGGUUUACCUCCACUGUACUCAUAUCCUUCCAUAUCCUUAUCUGUACAUAAUGCCCUGAAUCUAUUCUACAACGCCCGGAAAUCUGCCCCUUUUAUUCUCUGUACCCAACGCACUAGAAGACCAGUUCUUAAAGCCUUUAGCCAUAUCCUUAUUCUAUUCCUCCUCUGUUCCUCUGGUGAUGUAGAGGUUAACCCAGGUCCUUUAGCCCCCAGUAUCACUCCUACUCCCCAGGCGCUAUCAUUUGUUGACUUCUGUAACUGUAAAAGCCUUGGUUUCUUGCAUGUUAACAUCAGAAGCCUCCUCCCUAAGUUUGAGUUAUUCACUGCGUUAGCACACUCUGCCAACCCUGAUGUUCUAGCAGUGUCUGAAUCCUGGCUUAGGAAGGCCACCAAAAAUUCAGAAAUGUCCAUCCCGAAAUACAUUUUCCGUCUAGAUAGACCUGCCAAAGGGGGCGGAGUUGCAAUCUACUGUAGAGAUAGCCUGCAGAGCUCUAUCAUACUAUCCAGGUCUGUGCCCAAACAGUUUGAGCUUCUACUUCUAAAAAUCCACCUUUCCAGAAAUAAGUCUCUCACUGUUGCCGCUUGCUCAGCCCCCAGUUGUGCCCUGGACACCAUAUGUGAAUUGCUUGCCCCCCAUCUAUUCUCAGAGUUCGUACUGCUUGGUGACCUAAACUGGGAUAUGCUUAACACAAUCUAAAAUCCUACAAUCUAAACUAGAUGCCCUCAAUCUCACACAAAUUAUAAAGGAACCUACCAGGUACAACCCUAAAUCCGUAAACAUGGGCACCCUCAUAGAUAUCAUCCUGACUAAUUUACCCUCUAAAUACACCUCCGCUGUCUUCAACCAGGAUCUCAGCGAUCACUGCCUCAUUGCCUGCGUCCGUGCUUCAAUGCCAUACAACACUCCUUCUGUAGCCUCCAACUGCUCUUAAACGCUAGUAAAACUAAAUGCAUGCUCUUCAAUCGAACGCUGCUUGCACCCGCCCGCCCGACUAGAAUCACUACUCUCGGCGGGUCUGACUUAGAAUAUGUGGACAACGACAGAUACCUAGGUGUCUGGUUAGACUGUAAACUCUCCUUCCAGACUCACAUUAAGCAUCUCCAAUCCAAAGUUAAAUCUAGAAUCGGCUUCCUAUUUCACAACAAAGCCUCCUUCACUCAUGUUGCUAAACACUGCUUUGCUUUAUCUUGGCCAGGUCGCAGUUGUAAAUGAGAACUUGUUCUCAACUGGCUUACCUGGUUAAAUAAAGGUGAAAUAAAUAAAUAAAUAAAUAAAAAUAAAACUGAGACAUUGCUGUCUGUUUUUCUCAUAUUGAGUUACCGAGACAAAUUUCACAUAAUUAUGUAUGGUGGUCAUCUGACAACAGAAAUUGCACUAAAAAGGAAAUUAUUUGUUGAAUUAAAUAUUUUAUAAAAUGACAUGAAUCUUAUAUUUCCAACAUAAUGUGGCUUAUUGGGUGGCUCUGUGGUUAUUGGGAUGGGCUUUCCAAAAUAAAAUUAACCAUUACAAAAAAUCUAAUUGUAGGUGUGGGGACGAUGUCUUUGAUGUUGCAACCAACCAAUUACCUCAGCAACAUAGCCUAAUCCUAAUGCAGCAGCAUUAUUAGAUGGGUGACUUAAGAUGGUCAAGAACAGAAUGUUCCUGAUGUUCUAUUCUAUUCCAUAUCAGUCAGGAUAUUCUUUAUAUCCCUGAUAACCUGUCUGUUAAUGUUCCUCCAUUCAUCCCUGAUAAUCUGUCUCGGUUCAUGUCCCUCCAAUCAUACCUGAUAACCAGUCUGUUAAUGUCCCUCCAAUCCUACCUGAUAACCAGUCUGUUAAUGUUCCUCCAUUCAUCCCCAGUCAUUCUGGAGGAGAUCCAGCGUACCAUGUGUGCCCCUCGGGAGGUGUGUCUGGAGGUGUCUAAAGAGUACCCAGAGAGCACCAGUCACUUCUACGUGCCUCGCUGUGUGUCUGUGCACCGCUGUGGGGGCUGCUGUACCCACGAGGGUCUUUACUGCACCAACACCAGCUAUACUUACAGCAACAAGACGGUGAGCAACAGAGGACAAACUAGACAUCAUUCAAAAUGUUUAACGAUGCUAACACUCAAGUAAAGUUGCUCUUAUGCCUGUGUAGUAGCACUGUAAUACAUCUAGUAAGUACAUUCUAUUAACAUGUUUCAACAUAUCUAUUUAAGUGCGUUGUAGUUUCAUAGUACACUGUAAGAAAGGAUAUAAGAGAGACCACAAAUCCGAAACUUUAGUCAUUGACACAGUGUUGUUUCUCCUGUGGACUCAGCUGGUGGAGUUGACUCACCGUGAACGCUCUGUGGUGAUGGUGGCGUUCGUCAACCACACGUCCUGUGGGUGUCUGUCCAAGAGGCCCCUGCACUCUGUCAUCAGGAGGGCCGCCGCAGCCCACCUCACCGUGUGAGUGAGUAGUGAGGAGUAGUCACAUCUGCCCCUGCCGAUCCAGAUUCAAUGUGUACACACACACACACACACACACUUAAUUAUCAUUAAGCAAUACAGUUUUUAAGGAAGUAUGUUUGGUUCAUCAUAUUUUAGGUAGGUAGCCCAGCGGCUAAGAGCAUUGGGCAAGUAACCAAAAGGUCGCUGGUUCGACUCCCCGAGCCAUCUAGGUGAAAAUUCUGUCCAUAUGCCCUUGAGCAAGGCCCUUAACCCUCCUGAAAGUCUAUGCUCCUGUGGUCCUCUGUAGCUCAAUUGGUAGAGCACGGCGCUUGAAACGCCAGGGUAGUGGGUUCGAUCCCCAUGACCACCCAUACGUAAAAAUGUAUGCGCACAUGACUGUAAGUCACUUUGGAUAAAAGCGUCUGCUAAAUGGCUUAUUAUUAUUAUAUUAUUAAGUCGCUCUGGAUAAGAGCGUUUGCUAAAUUACUAAAAUGUAUAUGUAAAUUUUUUGUGAGAAGGUGCAAUGUACUAAUAUAGCUGACUGACUUAGCCAAGGAUACUGAGACCUUCCAUCUGAUCCUAUCUGAUGUGGACAGCAACAAGGGUGUGGCGAUGCAAGAGAAUGAGCUAGAUCAUGAGAUAUUUGGUCAAAAGUGCUUUGCGUGUGCAUUUGCCUUUGAACUGAGGCCAUGUGGAAGAGGCCAUGUUUCCCCCUGCUCUCCUCUCCCUGUGUCCAGCCUAACUGCUCCAGACUGUUGUGUGUAGGCUGUCUGCCAGGCCAAGGCCAGCAGGGAGGAGGGCCAGGGGAUUGAGUUCCCUGUCAUAGGGAGGAGGGCCAGGGGAUUGAGUUCCCUCUCGCAGGGAGGAGGGCCAGGGGAUUGAGUUCCCUCUCACAGGGAGGAGGGCCAGGGGAUUGAGUUCCCUCUCACAGGGAGGAGGGCCAGGGGAUUGAGUUCCCUCUCACAGGGAGGAGGGCCAGUGGAUUGAGUUCCCUCUCACAGGGAGGAGGGCCAGGGGAUUGAGUUCCCUCUCACAGGGAGGAGGGCCAGGGGAUUGAAUUCCCUCUCACAGGGAGGAGCCACAGACUGCCCAUGAUGUCCAACCCCUUCACAGGAAUGCUUUGUGAGAGUAGCCAAGCAGUCCCCCCUAAGCCAAGAAAAGACCUCUGAUUGUCAGGGCGUGUGUAGGUGUGGUGGAGGAAAUCAGAUGCAGGACGCAGACGGUAGGUUCCAAAAGCUGUAUUCCGACCCAAACACAGGCAACAGGGCAACAAAGCCCAACAGCUAAACUACGCCCAAGGCGUGUAGGCAAAAUGCGCACAAACAGGUGCGACAAAAUAUGUAGUGCACGAAACAAGUGCAAACGAGCUCCAGCGCAGUGGAGAGAAAAUAUGCUCAACCGAGCAAACACGACACUGACGAAAACAAUCACACACAACACAAGACAAACACAACGAGAAACUUAUAGGACACUAAUCACGUAAAACAGAAACAGGUGUGACACAAACAGACAAAAGCAAACGAACAUGAAAACAUAAAUCGGUGGCAGCUAGAAUUCCGGAGACGACGAACGCCGAAGCCUGCCCGAACAAGGGAGAGAGGCAGCCUCGGCCGAAAACCGUGACAGUACCCCCCCCUUGACGCGCGGCUCCAGACGCGCGCCGACUCCGGCCUUGGGGACGACCCGGAGGCCGCGGCGCAGGGCGCGUCGGAUACCCCCGAUGGAAUUCCGUCAGGAGCGACGGGUCCAAGAUGUCUCUCCUCGGCACCCAGCACCGCUCCUCCGGACCGUACCCCUCCCACUCCACUAGAUACUGAAGACCCCCUCUCCGACGUCUAGAAUCCAAGAUGGAUCUCACGGUGUACGCCGGUGCCCCCUCGAUGUCCAACGGGGGCGGGGGGGUCUCCAAGAUCUCAUGUUCUUGGAGCGGGCCUGCUACCACCGGCCUGAGAAGGGACACAUGGAACGAGGGGUUAAUACAUUUAUACUCCACUGGCAACUGUAAUCUAUAACAAACCUCGUUCAACCUUCUCAGGACUUUAAAUGGCCCUACAAACCGCCGACCCAGUUUCCGACAGGGCAGGCGGAGGGGCAGGUUUCUGGCAGAGAGCCAGACUCGAUCUCCAGGUGCGUACACAGGCCCCUCACUGCGGUGUAGGUCGGCGCUCGUCUUCUGUCGACGUAUGGCACGCUGCAGAUGGACGUGUGCAGCGUUCCACGUCUCCUCCGAGCGCCGCACCCACUCAUCCACAGCGGGGGCCUCGAUCUGGCUCUCAUGCCAUGGUGCCAGAACCGGCUGGUACCCUAAAACACACUGAAAAGGGGUUAGUUGGGUGGAGGAGUGGCGAAGAGAGUUCUGUGCCAUCUCAGCCCAGGGCACAUAUCUCGCCCACUCCUCCGGCCGGUCCCGGCAGUAUGUUCUGAGAAACCUGCCCACAUCCUGGUUUACGCGUUCCACCUGCCCAUUACUCUCCGGGUGGUAACCCGAGGUGAGACUCACCGAGACCCCCAACCGCUCCAUAAAAGCUCUCCAGACUCUGGAGGUGAAUUGGGGACCCCGGUCAGCCACAAUGUCCUCGGGCACCCCGUAGUGCCGGAACACAUGAGUGAAUAGUGCUUCGGCGGUUUGUAGGGCAGUAGGAAGACCCGGCAUGGGGAGCAAACGACAGGCCUUAGAGAACCGAUCCACAACGACCAGGAGUGUAGUAUUCCCUUGAGAGAGGGGAAGGUCAGUUAUAAAAUCCACCGAGAGGUGGGACCAUGGUCGUUGUGGAACGGGCAGGGGUAGUAACUUACCCCUAGGCAGAUGUCUAGGCGCCUUACACUGGGCGCACACCGAGCAGGAGGAAACAUAAACCCUCACAUCCCUGGCCAACGUAGGCCACCAAUAUUUGGCACUAAGACAGUGCACUGUCCGGCCGAUACCCGGAUGUCCAGAGGAGGGUGACGUGUGAGCCCAAUAGAUCAAUCGAUCCCGACACUCGAGCGGAACAUACUUCCGACCCUCCGGGCAUUGUGGUGGACUAGGGUCGGUGCGUAAUGCCCGCUCGAGCUCAGAAUCGAGCUCCCACACCACCGGUGCCACUAGACACGACUCCGGCAGUAUGGGAGUGGGCUCCACGGACCUCUCCUCCCCGUCAUACCGCCGAGACAGUGCAUCUGCCUUACCGUUUUGUGACCCAGGGAUGUAGGUGAUCUUAAAAGAGAAACGGGUCAAAAACAUACUCCAUCUAGCCUGUCGAGGGUUCAGCCUCCUCGCUGCCCGGAUGUACUCCAGGUUACGGUGGUCCGUCAAAAUGAGGAAAGGGUGUUGAGCCCCCUCAAGCCAGUGCCUCCACACCUUAAGGGCUUGGACCACAGCUAACAGCUCCCUGUCCCCUACGUCAUAAUUUCGCUCCGCCGGGCUGAGCUUCUUGGAAUAGAAGGCAACGGGGCGGAGUUUAGGUGGCGCGCCUGACCGUUGGGACAGCACGGCGCCAAUACCGGCUUCAGACGCGUCCACCUCUACCUGAAAUGGUAAAGAGGGAUCCGGAUGCGGCAGCACCGGAGCCGAGGUGAACAGGUCCUUCAGCUUCUUAAAAGCCCUGUCCGCCUCGACUGACCACUGCAGACGCACCGGGCCCCCCUUUAAGAGAGAUGUGAUGGGAGCUGCCACCUGCCCAAAACCCCGGAUAAACCUCCGGUAGUAAUUCGCAAACCCCAAAAACUGCUGCACCUCUUUCACAGUGGUUGGUGUUUGCCAAUUACUCACGGCUGACACUCGGUCUACCUCCAUCUUCACCCCUGACGCAGACAAACUGAUACCCCAAGAAGGAAAUCGACUCCUGGAAAAAACAGACACUUCUCUGCCUUCACAUACAGGUCGUGCUCCACCAGCCUCCGCAACACUCUGCGCACCAGGGCCACAUGCUCGACACGGGUAGGUGAGUACACGAGGAUGUCAUCUAUGUACACCACCACUCCCUGUCCCUGCAUGUCCCUGAAGAUCUCAUCCACGAAUGAUUGGAAAACUGACGGAGCAUUCAUCAACCCGUAUGGCAUGACGAGAUACUCGUAAUGGCCCGAGGUGGUACUAAAGGCUGUUUUCCAUUCAUCAUCCUUCCUGAUGCGCACCAAGUUGUACGCGCUCCUGAGAUCUAAUUUCGUGAAGAAACGCGCCCCAUGCAACGACUCAGUCAUGGUCGCAAUCAGCGGGAGUGGAUAACUAUACUUCACCGUAAUCUGAUUGAGACCACGGUAGUCGAUGCACGGACGCAACCCCCCAUCCUUCUUCUUCACGAAAAAGAAACUCGAGGACGCGGGGGAAGUGGACGGCCGUAUGUAUCCUUGUCUCAGUGAUUCGUCUAUGUAAACCUCCAUAGCUUUCUUCUCCUCCUGAGACAGAGGAUACACAUGACUCCGUGGGAGCGCAGCUCCUGCCUGAAGGUCUAUCGCACAAUCCCCCUGCCUAUGGGGUGGCAAUCGCGUCGCCCUCGCCUUACUAAACGCGAUAGCCAGAUCCCCAUACUCAGGUGGAAUGUGCAAUGCGGGCACCUGGUUUGGACUUUCCACCGAGGUAGCCCCUAAGGAAACGCCCAAACAUCUACCCACACACUGAGCAGACCACUCCUUCAGAGCCCUCUCCUGCCACGAAAUAACGGGGUUAUGGGUACUUAACCAGGGCAUGCCCAGCACCACCGGAUACGCAGGAGAGUCAAUCAGAAACAGUUGUAUUAUCUCCUGAUGACUCCCCUGCGCACACAUCCUAAGUGGCGCCGUGACCUCCCUGAUUAAGCCCGUACCCAACGGACGACUAUCUAGGGCGUGAACGGGAAAAGGAACUUCCACAGGGAGAAGGGGAAACCCUAACUCUAAAACAAAACUUCUUAUCAAUGAAAUUCCCAGCCGCGCCUGAAUCUACCAGCGCCUUACACUGGGAAUGAGGUGCCACCUGCGGAAAACACACAGGCAUACAAAAAUGGGCAACAGUGAGCUCUGGGUGAGUGGGGCGCCUACUCACCUGGAGGGAAUCCCCAGUGCGGGACCUGUCGUCAUCUCCCCGAGGAGGCCAUCCCCAGCACCUAGCCGCGGUUGUGUCUCCCCGACCACAGUUGGUGCAGUGGAUGGACCCCCCACUCUGCCGACUCCUCUACCUCUAGCGCCAGCGCCCCCGAGCUCCAUAGGACACGGCUCGGGGUGCGCUGGAGGAUGGAAUGGACGGACCCCCCUCAGGACGUCCGCGGGUAGCCAAUAGGUUAUCCAACCUAAUUGACAUGUCGACCAGCUGGUCGAAAGUGAGACUGGCGUCCCGACAGGCCAGCUCCCGACGGACGUCCUCUCUGAGGCUACAUCGGUAGAGAUCGAUGAGGGCCCGAUCAUUCCACCCUGCAUCUGCCGCUAGAGUACGGAAUUCGAGUGCGAAUUCCUGGGCACUCCUCCUCCCCUGCCUAAGGAAGACCAGACGCUCCCCCGCCGCUUUCCCCUCCGGGGGAUGGUCGAACACCGCCCUAAAGCGGCGGGAGAACUCGGUGUAGGUAAUGGUCGUGGCGUCGAUCUUCCUCCACUCCGCGUUGGCCCACUCCAACGCUUUACCGGCCAGGCAGGAGAUUAGGGCGGACACGCUCUCAUGCCCUGACGGUGCCGGAUGGACUGUGGCCAGGUACAGCUCGACCUGGAGCAAGAACCCCUGACAUCCAGCCGCUGUCCCGUCGUAAGCCCUCGGGAGAGAUAGUCGGACUCCUCGAUGUUCCGGUGCUGGAACGGGCGGGCUGGCCGAUGGUGCUGGCUGGGCGGGCGGUGGUGGAGGCGAACCCCAGCCUCGGAGUGUGGAAAUAACCUCCUGCAGGGCGUUCCCCAUCUGCAGGAGUUGCUCCUGCUGAUCCCGAACCUGGGCUUCCAGUCUUGUCUGGGCUGCUUCUGCUCCUGCUGAUUCCAUGGGUGGUGUGUGAUUCUGUCAGGGCGUGUGUAGGUGUGGUGGAGGAAAUCAGAUGCAGGACGCAGACGGUAGGUUCCAAAAGCUGUAUUCCGACCCAAACACAGGCAACAGGGCAACAAAGCCCAACAGCUAAACUACGCCCAAGGCGUGUAGGCAAAAUGCGCACAAACAGGUGCGACAAAAUAUGUAGUGCACGAAACAAGUGCAAACGAGCUCCAGCGCAGUGGAGAGAAAAUAUGCUCAACCGAGCAAACACGACACUGACGAAAACAAUCACACACAACACAAGACAAACACAACGAGAAACUUAUAGGACACUAAUCACGUAAAACAGAAACAGGUGUGACACAAACAGACAAAAGCAAACGAACAUGAAAACAUAAAUCGGUGGCAGCUAGAAUUCCGGAGACGACGAACGCCGAAGCCUGCCCGAACAAGGGAGAGAGGCAGCCUCGGCCGAAACCGUGACACUGAUCUGAUCCUGGCCUGUGUGUCCCUGCUUCCCUCUCCAGGUGUUCCCCGCCAGAUGUUCCCUGCAGUAGAGGACUGGUCUGGGACCCCAACAGCUGCCUGUGUGUUCCCAUGGACACAAGCUUAUUCUCUGAGAGAGAGCUGGGUAAGUUAAACUGACCCCAUACCCAUACAACCCCAGUACAGUCGUUUCUGUUCGCCAACACCCAGAGAUACCUCAUAGGUCAGAGAGUUGGCAAAUUAGGACGAUAUACAUUGAAGUGAAAUGUACUAAACCACAUGACAUCUGUCAAUAAGGGACACUCAAUAGCAUCUCUCCUCUCCACCAUCUGGUGCAGAACCCCUGGAGUCGGCCUUGCUGGCGCUGUGUGGCCCCAACAAAGUCCUGGACGAGGACAGCUGUGAGUGUGUCUGUCAGAACGGUCUGACGGAGGCCAGCUGUGGGCCGGGCUGGCGUCUAGACCAGGCGUCCUGUGAGUGUCUCUGUGAGGACCAGCCCACCCUGGUGACCUGCCCAGCCAACCAGCGCUGGGACCCAGAGAUGUGUGGCUGUGUGUGCCGGGCAGAGUGCCCCCGUAGCCAGCCUCUCAACCCAGAGACGUGCCUGUGCCAGUGCAGGGAUAGCCCUCAGACCUGCCUGCUAGAGGGCAAGAGGUUCAACGCACACAACUGCAGGUAA